AUGGACUACUGCUGCCUGGUAGCCUCAAUGAGAAAAGUCAAGACCAUGAGCCAGAGGGCGACCUGCUUCAGCAAACGCUUGGGAUCCAAGAGCCUCCAGAUGCUGGAGACCUUCCCUCCUGAGACCCAGAUCUUCAUGAAGGACUCCAGCUGCCAGAGCAAGCUUUAUGCCAUUGACCCUGAUGACUCCAUCCAUGACUUGAAAGAGAAGAUUGAAGAGGCUGGAGGACUUUACAUGGAGGAUAGGAUACUCAGUGGUACUCUCAAGACAGAGGUGGCACUGCCCCCAGAGCUGUUUGUCACCCCAGCUUCCGGACUGAACUCCUUCGUGGCUCACUGUCUGCAUCCCAGCCAGGAGUGGAAAAAAGAGGUGCUGGAGACAGUGCAGACCGUGGAACAGCUCCUGAGCGAGCAGAGCUUCCAGGGGGAGCAUGGGCUGGACCAGGAGUUCUGGGUGCUGAAGGUGGUCAAGGUGGGCUCCUUCGGGAACGGCAUAGCGCUCAGGGACAGCUCAGAGGUGGAGCUGGUGAUGCUCCUGAGCGGUUUCCACAGCUUCCAGGAGGAGGCCAGGCACCACCAUGACGUUCUGAGCCUGCUAUGUGAAAAGCUCAGGUAUUGCUAGGACCUCCUGAGCCUCCAGCUCCAGGACCUGAGGCUGGUCCAGGGAGUCCCCUCUGCUGUCGCCUUCACCAUCCAGCCCUGGGAGACUGCGGAGCCCAUCACUGUCACCAUCGUGCCAGCCUACGGCGUCCUGGGGCCUUCUGUUUCCAACUCUCAUCUCUCCCCAGAGGUCUAUGUGAGUCUGAUUAAGGCCUGCGGUUGCCCUGGACAUUUCUCCCCAUCCUUCAGCGAGCUGCAGAGAAACUUCGUGAAACACCGGCCCACCAAGCUGAAGAGCCUCCUGCGGCUGGUAAAACACUGGUACCUGGAGGCUUAUCUUAGCUGGUUCUCUGUGUUGAAUGAGUUCCAUUUGUCCUCCUACCCCAUCUACUCCCCACCCUUCCCUACCCUGCCUGCGUCCCAGGAGGCUGCCCUGCAGGGACUGCCCUCAUAG